UAUCGGCCUACAAAGAAUCAGCACACCCCGAUUCAUCGACUGGAAAGAGAGUCAUAGAAUAUACUGCAUACAUAGUACGAUGAAAGCCCUCCAGUUCCAUGCAAGCGGCGACCUGCGCCUCGAGGAACUAGAAGACCCGAUCUGUGGCAAGGGCGAGGUCAAGAUGCGAACGGCGUUCUGUGGUCUUUGCGGCACAGAUAUCCACGAGUUCUGCGCUGGUCCGGUCCUCAUUCCGCAGAAGCCUCAUCCCAUCACGGGCGCCACUCUGCCCGUGACAAUGGGCCAUGAGCUCAGCGGCAUCGUCACCGAGGUCGGGGAGGGAUGCGAGAGGAUAAAGGUCGGGCAGCGGGUGGUUGUGCGACCCACCAUCUACGAUGAGCAAUGUGCCUCGUGCAGACAAGGCGUUCGGCAUUGCUGUGAGAACAUUGGCUUCAUCGGCCUCAGCGGUAUGUGGCUUCCUGAUGAGCAGCAUUCAAAAGGCUACGGCGGCGGGAUGGCCGAAUACAUCGUCGCGCCAGCCUCUCACUUCUACGCGCUACCCGACAACGUUGCGCUGGAUAUGGCAGCGCUAAUAGAACCGAUGGCAGUAGCCUGGCAUGCCGUCAACGUAUCGCCCUUCAAAUUCGGCGACACCGCAGUGAUUGUCGGGGGCGGCCCUAUCGGCAUUUGCGUCAUCCAGGUGCUGAAGCUGCAAGGUGCCAAGGAGAUCAUCGUGGCGGAGCCGAUGGAGGGCCGGAAGAAACUGGCACGACACUACGGUGCCACGGAGAUUCUCGACCCCGGCAGCGAGGAGGUGCCGAAGCGAGUGCAGGAGAUGACGCGACAUCGAGGCGCCGACGUGAUCUUCGACACCGCGGGGGUCGAGGGUGCGCUGAACAGCGUCAUCUCGGCCUGUCGGACGCACGGGGCGAUUGUCAAUAUCGCGGUCUGGGAGAAAAGGCCGGAGCUGCAUGUGAACGAUCUGAUGUAUCGAGAGGUUCAAUAUAUGCAGUCGGCGUUAUACGACGAAAUGUCGUUUAAGAACACAAUUGAAGCUCUGAGCUAUGGCCAAUUGAAUCCGCGAGAGAUGAUCACGUCAAAGAUCAGACUUGAGGACGUCGUGGAAAAGGGCUUCAAGGCUUUAGUUGAGGAUCGUGAUCGUCAUUGCAAGAUAUUGGUGGACGUGCAGGCUUCUGAGUGCUCCGAAAAUGGGCCGAAGAAUUAG